AUGAAACAACUGUAUUUGUUCUUGGUUCUUUGGGUUCUUGGAGGAUGUUUCCUGUCUGGUGAAUGUCACAGAGGCCCCAGAAGACGACAUGAAACUAGAAGAGCUCUGCUUCCUCUUCUCCCUUCCUUUGGUUCAGGAUUUGCCAGAGGUCAAGAAAUUGAUACCGCUCCCCAUAAUCCCUCUGUUCCAGAAGAAAUAAUCAUACAGCCUCCUCCAUUUACAGUAAUUAUACCUUCCAUAAUAUGA